CACAGCUCAGUUAACGAAAGUAUUAGUGGGUAGUUUGCUUCAAAAAGAAUAACUAUGACCAAUUACUUUAAAAUUGUCUUCUCUUUGAUACUUUUAUUUAAUUUUUAUUGGAUCACUCUAGCUCAUAAAAAAAAUGCUGACUAUUUUCAAGAUACUUUGGGGCACUUGAAAUCAACAGCUUCUGCUGAAGAGCAAACUGAAGCAGCUCAAAAAUUAAUUCAGAGAAUUAUUGAAACUAAAUCAAAUCGGUUCCAAGUUUCAGUUGAUCCAACAAUAGGCCCCGAUGGAAAAGAUACUUUCAAGAUUAUCAAACUUUCUAAAGACAGAGUUAAGAUAACAGGAACAACUGGCGUUGCAGUAGCUUGGGGUUUUCAUUAUUAUUUGAAAACUUAUUGCAAUUCUCAUAUAUCAUGGGAAGGCAAACAGAUUAGCUCAUUGGACAUAUUGCCUGAUGUAAAUGAAACUGUUACCUCUAACGAUAGGUUUCGAUAUUAUCAAAAUGUUUGUACAGCUGGAUAUAGUUCUACUUGGUGGAACUGGGAUCAAUGGGAGAAAAACAUUGAUUGGAUGGCCUUGAAUGGAAUUAAUCUCGCUUUGGCUUUUCAUGCUCAAGAAGCAAUUUGGGAGAGGGUAUAUUUUGAAUUAAAUCUAACAAGAAAUGAAAUCGAUCAACACUUUGCAGGACCAGCAUUUCUACCAUGGGCAAGAAUGGGUAAUAUCAGAGGCUGGGGUGGUCCAUUACCUCCAUCGUGGCACAAUUUUACUAUCACUCUGCAGCAUAAAAUACUCAAUAGAAUGAGGAAACUUGGAAUAAUUCCAGUUUUGCCAGCUUUUGCUGGUCAUGUACCUCAAGCAUUUCGUAGACUGUAUCCCAACGCCAAUAUGACAAAAAUAAAUUCUUGGAAUGGAUUUGAUGACAAAUACUGUUGUCCGUAUCUAAUAUCACCACAAGAUCCGCUUUUCAAAAUUAUUGGAAAAAAAUUUCUUCAGACGUAUAUAAAAGAAUUCGGAACUAAUCAUGUGUAUAAUUGUGAUACAUUCAAUGAAAAUGAACCUUUGGAUGGUGAAUUAAAUUCGUUGAGAAGCGUUGGACAAGCCAUUUAUUCAGCUAUGACAGAUGUUGAUCCACAAGCUAUUUGGAUGCUCCAAGGAUGGCUAUUUGUAAAUGAAUUUUAUUUUUGGACGAGAGAUCGAGUCAAAGCUUUCAUUACUUCAGUUCCAAUCGGUAAAAUGAUUAUCCUCGAUCUCCAAUCAGAACAAUUUCCACAGUAUGACAAAUUUGAUUCAUAUUAUGGCCAGCCCUUUAUCUGGUGUAUGCUCCACAAUUUUGGAGGCACGUUGGGUAUGUUUGGUUCAGCUGCAAUUAUUAAUGAGCGAGUAUUCGAAGCGAGAAAUAUGAAUGGAAGUACAAUGAUAGGUACUGGUCUGACACCUGAAGGAAUUAAUCAAAAUUAUGUGAUAUAUGAUCUAAUGAAUGAAAUGGCAUAUAGAAAAAGACCAGUUAAUCUUGAUCAAUGGUUCAAAAAUUAUGCAUCUAGAAGAUAUGGAUGUAAGAAUGAGUAUGCAGUAGAAGCAUGGAAGUUUUUACAAAACUCUGUUUACAAUUUUAAUGGUACUCAGAGGAUUCGAGGACAUUAUGUGAUAACGAGAAGACCAAGUAUGCGCAUCAGCACCUACACAUGGUAUGAUCCAUCAUCAGUAUAUAACGCUUGGAAGUUUCUGCUUAAAGCUCGAAUUGGUCGAGGAUCUAAUUUACUAUAUCAACAUGAUCUAGUUGAUGUUACUAGACAAGCACUACAAUUAAUUGCUGAACAUGUAUAUCUCAAAAUACAAAAAAGUUUCCAUGAAAAAGAUUUAGCCGCAUUCAAAGCACAAGCCAGCUUGUUACUGCAAAUAUUUAGUGAUUUAGAAAGCAUUUUAAGCACCAAUAAAAAUUUCCUAGUUGGUAAAUGGAUUAAAGAUGCUCGAUCAUUGGGAACCAAUGUUGAGGAAAAAAAAUUAUACGAGUUCAAUGCUCGUAAUCAAAUAACUUUGUGGGGCCCAAACGGAGAAAUAAGAGAUUAUGCGAAUAAACAAUGGGCCGGAGUCAUGUCUGAAUAUUUUGGAGCCAGAUGGUCGUUAUAUUUAUCAGUUGUAACAUUUGCUUUAGAAUUUCAUAAGCCAGUCAAUCAAUCAAUAUUGUCAACGUUUCUAUUCGACACGGUAGAAAAACCAUUUACCAUGGCUCGUAAUGAGUUUCCAGCUGAACCUAAAGGUAAUUCAAUUGAAAUAUCAUGGAAACUUUGGAAAAAAUGGAAGUUGAGAGAACCAAUGAAAGAAAAGAGGCAAAAACAACCUAUGCUAAAUAAACAUUUAUGUUGAAUUAAAAAUCUUUGAAAUUGAUUAAUUAAUACUUACCAUUUUCUGAUAGGCUAAAAAGGUCAAUAAAAAAAUAAACAGCAUUGCAGAAAAAAAUACUAUUUAUAUAAUUUUCAUUAACAGUUAUUCUUAUUUGACAGCACAUUUGUACAAGUUUUAAUAUGAGAAAUGGAAGGAUAUUCGCUGAAAUUUUAUAUGCCACGAUGAUUGUCAGAAAAUUUUAAGAUUUUUUAAAAUCAAUUAUUUAUUUAAAUAAAGUACUAAAGAUGAG